AUUAUUUAAGUUGCAUUGCAUUAAUCAAGGUUCUAAAGUUGAGUUGAAAUUAACCUAUGCUUAAAUCCCACUUCAUUGCUUAGGGACCCUGGAGCAAUAUUCUUUUGUCAAAAAUUGAGGGCACACACAUACAUUUGUGUAUAAGUACUACACUGUUACAAAGUUUGAUUGGUGAGUUGUGUGACUACAUGUUGAUGAAUGCAAGUGCUAUAUGCAAGCACUGCAACAUAAAUAUAUCACCUACACCACAUGCUCAGACACUCUGGUGUCAUGGAUGUGGAAGAAUAAUAACAGUGUGCAGAUAUCAAGAAACUUGGAAGCAGGGAAAAGUUGUAUUUGAGACAAAAUUUUAUAAGCAUUCACUCAGACAGAGAUUUUCAGAAGAUAAUUGUCAGAAGAGUUUGAUUACAAGUACUGUUAAGCACAUGCAUUCUGAGACCAUAAGUUCCUGGGAAGCGCCUAGAGGAAAGCGUGCACUUCUCUGUGGCGUUGUUUACAGUAAGCAGAAGUACAGGCUUAAGGGAACUUUUAAUGAUGUUAAUAACAUGAGACAUAUGCUGGUGGAACAUUUCAAAUUUCCAAGCAGUUCCAUCCACAUUCUUACAGAAGGGGGACCAUAUUUUCAUCCAACUAAAAGGAAUAUACAGGCUGGUUUAAAAUGGCUUGUGAAGGACUGUAAGGCUGGGGACUCUCUGGUGUUCUACUUCUCCGGACAUGGAUUAAGACAACCUGAUUUUGAUAAUGAUGAACUUGACGGAUUUGAUGAAACCAUCUGCCCUCUUGAUUUCAAGACAGCUGGGGUGAUACUCGACAAUGAAAUCAAUGAUACCAUUGUCAGACCUCUUAAACCAGGUGUCAGACUUCAUGCCAUCGUUGAUUCUUGCCAUAGUGGAACCAUUCUUGAUUUAUCAUAUGUCUAUAACUUGAAAGAUAAGACAUGGAUGAAUAAUCACCCUCCAUCAAAUGCAUAUAAAGGAACAAGCGGUGGACAAGCCAUCUGUUUCAGUGCGUGUGAGGAUGAUCAACUUGCUGAAGAUACAUCAGCUUUCUCUGGAAAGCAGAUGUCAGGUGCCAUGACAUACACUUUUAUAAAAGCAAUUCUGGAGAAUCCUGAUAUAACAUAUGAAGGCAUCAUGAUUUCAAUGCGUACAGCCAUCAGACAGGCGAGGGCAACUGGAUGUCUCCUUAAGAGGCUUUUUCGUCGAAACAUAUUGCAGGAACCUCUACUGUCCGCUUCUGAGAAAUUUGAUACGAAUGCAACCUUCAACUUGUAGGCUACUGGAGUUCAUGUUAACUACGAAGCACUGGAGUGUCUGUGACAUUGAACAGCUUUCAAUAUAUAUAAAGAUUAAAUUUUUUUUCUAUAUUUGUUUGUUUGUACUAAAUGUUACUCACCUAGUUAUGCAAUACAGCAGAAUCACAUUACUGAAUA